AUUGAGUGUCACAAGACAUGCGCACAAGCUCAAGUCUUUCCCGGCCAUAUUCUGUCCCUGUCCGUUCGUGUGUUGCUGUCUGUUUGGUGCGUGUGAGAGCCUCACAAAUCCAGCAUAAUGUCGACGGACGAGAGACCUAUCUAUGGGCCCUUCUUUGGAGUCAUGGGCGCCGCCUCGGCGAUGGUUUUCAGCGCGAUGGGCGCCGCGUACGGCACGGCCAAGUCGGGCACCGGCAUCGCGGCCAUGUCGGUGAUGCGGCCCGAGCUCAUCAUGAAGUCCAUCAUCCCGGUGGUGAUGGCCGGUAUCCUGGCCAUCUACGGCCUGGUGGUGGCCGUGCUGAUCGCUGGUGGCAUUACCAAGCCGGCCACCUACGAGCUGUUCUCCGGGUUCGUGCAUUUCGGCGCCGGCCUGUCGGUCGGCCUGAGCGGGCUGGCGGCCGGCUUUGCCAUCGGCAUUGUGGGAGACGCGGGCGUGCGCGGCACGGCGCAGCAGCCGCGCCUCUUCGUCGGCAUGAUCCUCAUCCUCAUUUUCGCCGAGGUGCUCGGCCUGUACGGCCUCAUCGUGGCCAUCUUCCUGUACAUCAAGGCGUAAGCCGUGUCCGGGGCGGACCGGUCGGCGCGCCGCGCGAGCAGUGGCGCGCCGACGCGCUCGCGCGCAUAUCCAGCCAGUGGCGCACGUCUCAGUGUCCCCUGUGUGCGUCAUGUGAUGCCGCUAGGGCGGUAGGGCGUCACCGCCGGGGCCCUGGCCCGCAACAUUCCACUUUCGACAUGUAAAAUACGCGCCGAUGGGUACGGUGGCCAAGCACACACUUGUUGCUAAAUACGAACACAAAUUGGAAGAACCGCACGCUCGGACCGCAUGCAGGGCAGUCCUGUGUGGGGCCCAUAUACACGCAGUCUGGCAAGGGCCGGUGUCAGGAAACCGCCCCGGCCGAUGGCUGCCUGUCGGCUGCUCAGCGCCAGUCGUCAAUAACUGGCCAAUCAGCGGUGCCUGUUCUCAGCCGACGCAGCGCUGAUUGGCUACGACACCUGCUGUUUGCUGCUGACUAUUGAACAUUGCUGUAGAAUACGUGAACCGUUUUUGAACGAUUAUUUCGAUUGGUGACUGUUGCUGCAACUUAGUUUCCAUAUAUAGCAGUGGCGUGAUGCUCUUUGGACCUCUAAUUUACUUACCAAUCUUAUAACUAUGUUGGUAAUGUGUUGAUGAUCUGUACAGUGCUAUGUAUGUAUAAUAUUUUAUGUGACGGGAGAGACAUCAGACGGAUGUGUUGUAAUUGUGAAUGUGCUCUGUAUAUAUGGGUAGGAUUGUUGUAAUUGUUGGUUGGACUCACCGAAACCGGUAGUCCAGCCGUGUAUCUUCCCGUAGGAUAACCCAAGAAUGGAUAUAUGGUGCACAUUGCUCUGGUACGGAAUUUACCCGUGUUGUUUAAUCAUUUAUCGCUGUUUGCAAGACUCGAACUCGUGAAGACAAAAAUAUAUGUGUAGCCUCUAAC